AUGCAAUUUCUUCAGAGUUCUGCGACGUGGUAUCUUUCUAAACACGCGUCCAAGUUUCCUUCGCUUAUGCGAACGUCGUUUCUUAAGAAACCGAUCGCACCUUCUUCUAAUCAUUCUUUUCCUCGUUCUACUUUCCAGUUCACGACCGGCGCCUCGGUACCAGUUUCCAUGAACAAAAGGGGUAGCGUGGUGUUCUCCUCGGCAUUCCAAUUCAAUUAUAAACUUCCGUCGAACUUGUCGGAGCUCGAGCCUACAAUAAUAUCGGCCAGGCAGUCGAGGGACUUGAAUCUGCAGGACACUUACGCGGCCAUCGAAAAUUUAUUGAAUCGGUACGGUUGGCAAGACGGCAGGCAAUGUCUUUUAAGGACCAUUUGCGAGCUCGCGGAGACACCAUUUGGCAGGACACGUCAGGACGUUCUCGAGGAGGUGAUCCACUUAAUUUUAACGCCGAGCGAAGACUUGCCAGAAUCGGGUAAUUCCAAUCACCGGAGCGUCGGCCAAUUGUACUGGGAAGCGGAGCGAUUGGGAAGAACCGGAGGCGACUGCAUCUUUGCCUAUCCCGAUUGCAUCGAGUCACCUCUCGAAGCGUUCACGGAGGUCGCAACCCCCUAAGGGACGUUUUUGAACGACAACUGGAAACCGAUUUGUUGAUCUUGCGAUCCCAUCGUUCGCGUAUCGUUUAUCGCCUCGAACGCCUUCGACGGUUGCCAGUUAUCUGUUGAAUUUUUUAUAGACGCCGUAGAGCGUCUCCGUAUCGCGAGCAAGUCGAUACAUUGUUCGAGGAAUGAUAUUUCUAUAUGUUUCGAGGCGGUGAACGACGCAGUGACUUCAUCGUAAAAGAAUUUAUUACAGAGGAGCUUCGACGGGGCGAGAAGGACGGCGACGAUGGACCAGUGACUAUGUAAAUUUCGUUGUCGUAGCUGCCACGUUGUCCUAGAAAGCUCUAUACGAGCUCGUCCUCGUCCUCGCCUUUCUUUGCGCAGCAUAAUUUCUAACGAAGUUUUCAUAAUUGUUACCGUUCCAGAUACUCGCCAUUCUCACGUCCCAUGUAAAUUUUCAAAAAGUUACCAGAAGUUUUCUUUACAUUUCUUGACAUUGAUCAAUCUGCUAUGCACUACGGUUCAUAUUACCUAAAUCACACUAAAUUUGUAAAAUAUAUCUGGAGAGUUACUCGCGAUACUGAUCAAACCUACUAUCAACAUUUAUAAAUAUUUCCAGACUAUUCCAGGCUUGUGGAAUAUACUUCAGAUUAAUUUCAUUUCAACGUCCAAUUUUAUUUUAGGAAACCAAAUACAAUUAAUAGACAUUUAUUGAAACUAUAAUUAAUUUUAAUCAUUUCACGUAAACUGUGCUGAUUCUAGUGUAACUUUUACCAGAAGUUAUUUCAACAGUACGAAACUUUAUAAUUAGAUAUAUGUAUAUUUAUCAACACAUAAUCGUUUUCAUAAGUCACUAAUAUAAUUAUCGAAAAUGAUCAAAAAAUUAUCGUCCCUGAAGAGUUGAUAUUACAGUACAGAACUUUCGUUUCGGUCCCAAGUUCUAUUCCAUACUUGUAUACAUUUACUUUUAUUAUUAUAAUUUUAUUAUUAAGAACAGGCUAAAAUAUCUGUGGGACAUUUUGUGAAAGCUAAACGACAAACUACCGAAGUUUCGAGGGUUUUAAGGACGCACGAUUUCACGAGACUCGCAGGGAAAAGGAAAAACGCUGUCGAGACAUUGUUGAAAGACAAACUGUUGUAAAACAGAACGAGCGAGAAUCGGUUCGAGAAAGGGACGAGAGGCUGGCGAAAUAAAAUGAAGCGCGAUAGAAAAUGGUGACAAACAGUCGUGCGAAUAAAGAGAAAUAGAGGUGGUCAGGGAAGUUUCCCCUGUGGAAAGGAAAAUCGUUUCUUCGGUCUUAUAUCGCGUUUCCGGCCAUUUUAGAGCGAGCCUCAACAGCGAAAUUUACUUAGGACUUCUCCCAUUUUUCCUUCUACAAUACUCGUCUGCACUUUGGCUUCGAACGCCGACUGAAAUUGGACCGGUUUACCCGAAAGGAUAUCACGAGAAUCGACUGGUCUUAUCGAUCACUCUAAUUCAAUGUUAAAACAUCAUUGUCCAAUUUUACAAGAAAAGUCGAUUAGAUCGAUCCUUGAUUUCGAACGUUACGAUUCUUUUUAUAAUGCGUUUUACGUUGCGAGUAGGUGCAUUACGUUUCACGUUGAACUGGAAUCACUCGAACUUUUCAAUAUCUCGUUGAGAAUUUUUAGUAUAUAAGUACUGGGUACGAACGCAGAAAUUCAGCUAUCAAUUUUAUUAACCAAAGUACACGCAUACACAUCCAAUAGUUCGUUUCUUUUCUUUUCAUUCACUUGUA